AUGAUUAGCACUGAGCAGCGAAACGGAAACGGAGUACGAGUUGUCCAUUUACAACCUGUGGACGGUGUCGAUCGCCAGUGGCUAUCGUAUCUGCGACUGUCCAUCGCACAGUCUUACCGACUGCCUGUCUGUAACAUCCGUCAGCGCGGCAACCACUUGCUGUCGGGACCAAUCGUUUUCGAAGGAGUCGUACAUCUGCGAUCGCACCGAACGACCAUGAAGCAGUUGAUUCGGCGUGCCGUCGUAGCACCGCCUUAA